CCCACUGUGGAACAGUCACUCUCAGCAAGGGCUUUCAGCGGAGAGUUCUCUAGUUUUACUGACUCCGCACCACAGCCGACAGCUGGGUCGUCCUUUCCGCGGCUCCUCUACCUCGGGUCACCAGGCUCCGGUGACAGCGCAAGCCAGACCGAGAGGCGAACGACCCGCACUGGGCCUGGAAGGACAAUGCUUCGCGGAAAGUCCCUGCUCAACGUGGAGUGGCUAGGCUACUCCCCCGGCCUGCUCCUAGAGAAUGAUCCUCUGGCAGCGGGACGGACACCACGAACCCCCCGCGGAAAUGAAAACUCUUUAGCUGCAACCCUGAAGACACUCCUGUUCUUCACAGCUUUAAUGAUCACGGUUCCUAUUGGGUUGUAUUUUACAACUAAAUCUUAUAUAUUUGAAGGUGCCCUUGGAAUGUCUAAUAGAGACAGCUAUUUUUAUGCUGCAAUUGUUGCUGUUGUUGCUGUUCAUGUGGUACUGGCCCUGUUUGUCUAUGUGGCCUGGAAUGAAGGCUCACGACAGUGGCGUGAAGGCAAACAGGAUUAAAGUGAACAUCACCUUUUGAUAGCAUGAAAUUUAUUUUUGAAUAUGUUACAUAAUUCCUGGGUAUUGAUAAUAAAUACAUUUGUCUGAAUAAAGUUGAAAGAACAUGUUAAAAUCAGUCUUAAAGAGUCAGUCACAUUUGGCUAAAUUUUGACCCACCCAAUAAUAUGGUUACUUUGAACUUUGAAUCUCCAUUUGCAAAUGAAAAUUUGGAAAAGUUGGAUAGGUAUAGAUGUAUAUGGUACAUGAGUUAUCUUUUAUCCUAGGAAGAAUUUACAUAUCUUACAAUAACAAAAAAUGAUGGCAAUGUGGCUUAUACUUACUUUUCAGUUUUAUUUAUUUGGGUAUAUUAAGAAAUACUUCAUGAGGCAAAUCUAAAUUUCCUUUUUUACUGAAGGACUUCGCUGGAAAUUACCAGGCUCUUGGGUUUGAGAUUCUACUUUCCUUAAAAAUUACUUACAUUGUAGGCAUUUUAGUUAAUCUGACUUUUAAGUCAGUGAGGAAAGAUUGUGCUCACAUUCCAUUAUUUCCUGGGAAAAGUCACUGAAAUCACACUAUUCAUGCAAAAGGGUGUAGGGUUACUGAGGACAGCGAACUGGGCUGACUGCCAGCAUUGUGAAUAUCACACUAGCAUUGUGCCCUCAUUUUGCUUUGAAAUUAGGUUUCAGUUGCAAAGUUUAUCGAAAUUCCACUUAAUGUGUUGUCUUAGUUUAAAAUAGAUAGUUUUAGAAUACCAAAAUGUUCAGCAUUUACAAAUUGAGAUUCUAUACAGGUUUGAAACAUCACAAUUCUUAUGAGGUAUUCUUGAAGUUGUUUUGUCUGUUAAUCCUUUUUUUAAUGACAUCUAAGCUACAUCCUGAGCAUAAGCUACAUUCUAAGAUAAUCCUUGGAGUCUUUUUUGAUUAGAAGAACCCUGCGCCUGAAUAAAAACCCAGUUACCUUUGAACCUUCAGUCUAUGGUCAGACAUACCUUUUGGUACUGUGUAUAUGUAUAAAAAUGCCGACCCCCAAAUAUUUAUUUCUAAUUAAAAGAUAAUAUAUUCUGUAAAACACUGGAAAAUACAUAUAAAAAUUUAAAAAGCAAAAAUUUUCCCAUAAUGUUACUACCUGCAGAUAUCAGUAGUUUAGUUCACAACCCCUGUACAGCUUUGAAUGAUGUUUCUUAAUGCUGGUUACAUAUACACUAAAACCUUGUUUUAAAUUUAGAUCUUGUCAACUUCACCAAAGAGCUGUUUGCAUUUUUCAGAUGUGUGAUAAUUGCCCAUUGCCUUACAAAGUAUAUACUAUCUUUAUUAUUUUAAAAUUCCCAUUUCAAUAUUUUCACCAUAAAGAAAUAUAAAAAUUUGAGGUGAUAACCUAGUUUAAAUACUAUAUAACAUGCAUAUCUCAAAAUAUUAUAUGGUACCCAUAAGCAUGUAUUCUUCUUGUUUUUAUAUAUCAAUGAAGUUGAAUUGUAAAAAUGAAGAAAGUUCAAAUACCUGUUACUAGUAAUCCUAAUAUAAUAAAUGGCCCCUGCUUAAAUAUUUGCCAUUAUUGAUUUGUUGGUCUGCUGUUAUUUUCAUGCUGUGGAACUAGACUAGAGAAAUAGGUGAUUAGAUAUAAAAAUAUGUGUUUGUGUUAUGUUAUUGUUACAAACAACAAGAUUAUUGUGAUUUUAAAAAUAUUGUUCUUAAUUCUUGAACAGUUGUGUGUAGUUUAAAUAUAUUUUAAAAUGAGCAUUCUACCCAUGAGAGUCUUUAUUUUGUAAAGACUGCACUUUUUAGUAUGAUAUUUGAGUCUUAGACAUUGUGUGCUAGAUUCCUAGAGGGUUGGUUCCCUUAUUAGGUGGCUUAUUACAUUUAGAAUUGUCUACUCAGUUUCUUUUUAUGUAAUGCCAAGGCUUUUUUCUUGUACUUUAGGAAUAUUGUACUAUUUGUAAAAUAUACUGUUGGAUUAUUUUGUUUUAUUUCAAACAUUUGCUAACUAAUGGUACAGGUCUCUUAAAAAGUAUUUUAACCAGGGAUACAUGUAAACACAUGUAAUUUUCCCUUGGGAAUAAAGUACAAUGUGUUUGAACAUUAAAAUAUUCACACUGGUAUUUAGAAUUAUUAUAAAACUUGUUUUAAAGCAUUUUUUCUAGGAUUUUUGAUUGAUCACUUAUGAGUUUGCUGCUGUUAGCUAACAUUUUUUAAGGUUUUUAACUAGUUUCCUCUUUCACAAAGUACAUAUUUCAUGAUGUGUUAGAAGAAAAGCUAUAGUUAAACUGUUAAGUGUUUUCCGGCAGGAAUAUGUUCACUGAUGUUCAAAACCUGAUUGUAAUGGUGAUCCCAGUUAGGGAGUAUAACUUGAAGUGUCAGUGCAAGCUACUAAUUUAGCCCCAUUUGAUGUAAUAGUACCUUCCCUUCCCCAACUUCUGAUAUGCCUUCCAAAUAAUCCUUUCAAUGCUAAAAAAAUGAAAGUCUGCUGUAGGAUGCAUCUGGUAUCACUGACUCUUUAAAUGGAUGCCAUUUCACAGGUUAGAGUAGCAUUCUGGUUUUCAAUGAUAGUAAAGAUUUUUAAACCUGCUAUUCAAAGUAACUGCAUAUUUCAUGGGAAUCUAAUAGUAAUUAUAAUAACUUGAAAGUUUACAUCAGAAAAGUCAUACUGAACCAGCUAUGGUGUUCCAGUAUUUUAGGAAGCAGAUGUAGGAGGAUUAGGUGUUUAAGACCACCCUGGAGCUUCAUGAGACUCUGUCUCAAAAGAACAGCAGCAACAACAAAACCUACAAAACCAAUUUGGCUUAAUUUUAAAAAAAGCAACUAAUGGGCUUGUGCUUAUUUUCAUAGAAAUCUUUUGUAGACAGGACAUUGAAAUGGGUAAGUACAAGUAUACAAGUAAGACGUACCCAAGGAAGGCUGAUGCUGAAGGUGUGUGAAAGAAAGGGUUGAGAUCCGUUUUACAUAUAUCCACUAUAUCUCCAGACAGUUUUGUAGUUAGUGUCUAAGUACAGUAAAUCUGUAGACAAAAUGUUCAAUGAUGGUACAGUAUCUGUCACUUGUCUUCAGUUAAGAUCAGGUUUCUUUACUAUGUUAUUCACUAGUGAAACACACAACUAUUCAGAUUUUGCUCCUAAAGUUUAUUUUUAACAGACUUGUACUGCAGUGUAUUCUAAUAGCCUGACAACACUUUAUCCCAGGAGAAGUGAGUUACCUUAAAAUAAAUCAUUUUCAGAGAUGCUGGAAAUCUACCCAUCAAUGCAUAACCUCUGAAUUUCUUAACUCUAUUCCUUUACAAAAGUCUAGAAUCUUUCCGUAUCGCUGCCGGCCACACUUAAACCUGUGUUAAUUGUUAUGUGUCCUUGAAGUAUCUGUUCUUUUAAAGGUGUUCUUUAAGUCAUAUUGUCAGUUUUACAAUCUAGUCUUCCUUCCACGUUUGGUGAAAUCUCACUGAACAGGAAUAAUAGCAAUAGCUAACAACAUCUGCACAGCACCUUACAGUUUGCAAAGAACGUUCACAUAUUCUUGUCUGAGUUUUGCAUAGUGAACAUGUUACAGAGAUGUCCCUUGAUGUCAAUGCUAAGUGUUAGAAUUUUCAGUCACAGUGUCACUGGCCUAGCUUCAGCACUGAUUAGCACACUGACGGGUUGGGGUGGGGUGGGAGUGCCAAUGUGCUGUCUGUAAAACUGUGUCAUCACAAUGGGGCCUGGGUAUCUUAGCCACUUGCUUCAGACUGACUUGUUAAGUGAUGCUUUUCUAGUAUACCUGAAUGGGUUUUGUAUUCAAUAUAUUGUAGCCUGUAAUUUAUAUUAAUUCACCAUUUGUUGUCAUUAAAAAAAAUGUCUAUAAUGA